AUGCCUGUGCAUUUUGAGGAAUCACAAACAAAGACCAGGCCUUAUUCUUGCUUCCAUCAUCAUCCUGACCGCUCGGAUGACAAGAAGCCUAUUCCUGAUACCGGCUGGCGCGGCUCUCCUCCUAUCCCCUCAUUCGACAGCGGUGAUUCUGAGAAAGUUUGGAUGUCAAAGCCACCAUACAACUGGUUGCCAGCGCGUAGUGUAGGCGGCGAGGAGCUCUUCAAGACAAAAUAUGAGUCGUCCUGCUGGUGCGGCGCGGUGCGGUUUGCCUUUGCGGGCGACCCAUUCGAUGCGAAGUAUUGCCACUGCAGACAAUGCCAACAGCUGCACGGUGCCCCCUUUCAGUGGGCGGUCAUCUUUCCAAAGACAAGUGUUCGCAUUCUGCAGAAUACUAGUGAUGCUCUCCACUUCUUUUCUACCACGACGAAAAAGGCCUGUCAUCAUGUCCCGUGCAAAGUCUCCUGCGAGAUCUGUCGGGCCCCACUUUUUGACGAGGGGAGGCGCACGGUGCUUGCAUACCCAAGUGGCUUCAAAUUUCCCCCUAUCAAAGCACGCUUGAACAAUAUCCAUCCUCCAGGCCUUUACGGUGGAGUCCCUCUUGAGUUUCAACCCAGUUGCCAUAUUUUCUACGGUCAGCGCAUCAUAGAAGUGUGCGACGGAAUGUAA